GGGGCCUGGUGACCUUUGAACCUUAACAGCCCUGCGUGAAGGGAGUGAGUACUGGGCAGUGCUGCUGGUUCUCUCCAUGGUCUGAGUUCUUCAGCCACUGAGGAGAAGCGAGUAUUUUUGUUGGGAGCGAGUCUUUUUACAGAGCACCAGACAGCCUAAGAGGGUCGGGGGCUGGCACUCAGCAUCCUCUGGGGUACUCUGCUACCUAGAUCAUGAAACGGCGGCAGAAGAGGAAACAUCUGGAAAAUGACAAGUCUCAGGAAUCUGCCAAGAAGGGAGGAGGGAUCUCAAAGUCACAGAAGGAUGUCCCUCCACCCAGGCCCACAGCGGGGGACAAAAACUGGAAGCAGGAUGCAGGAGAGCUCUCCUCUGCCUCUGAAUACUUCUCCUGUGUUUCUUCUCCAAACAAGCUCAUCCACACUGGAACCCAGAGAGCACCACAAGACAGUCCCCGGCCUAGGUCGCCCCAGACCCAGACGGAGCAACAAAGGGAGACUCCACUCCCCGCCCAGCCCAUCUCCUUGUCCCAUUCAUCCUACAAGACCUGUGUGUCCUCUAAAUGUAUAAACAAGGAGAGGAGGGGUAUGAAAAUUUACUACAUGCAGGUGCAGAUGAGGAAAGGUGUGGCUGUGUCCUGGGAGACAGCUGAUAGCUCCGGGCCCCUGAAGAAGCAGCUGCGGAUGGAAGAAAUGACCCUUCCUGAAGAUGUGCGAGUGGGCACUCCCCCCUCAGAUGUGUCCACCAGAAAUCUCCUGUCUGACAGCGAGCCCAGUGGGGAGGAGAAAGAGCAGGAGGAAAGGGCCGACUCAGACAGCCCACUUGGCUCACCCACUGCAGAGGAGAGGCCCCGGGCCAAGACGCCCGACUGGCUGGUUACCAUGGAGAAGGGUUUCAGGUGCAUGGCCUGUUGCCGGGUCUUUGCCACCAUGGAGCUCCUCCGGGAGCACGUGCAGUCUGGCCUCAAGGAAGGCUUCAGCUGCCACGUCUUCCACCUCACCAUGUCGCAGCUGGCAGGCCAUGUGGAAUCAGAGAGUGCUCAGGAGGAGGAGGAAGAAGAAGAGGAGGAAGAGGAGGAGGAAGAAGAGGAAAAGGAGCAUCCAGAGGACAAGGAGAAUGAGGAGGAGCCACCCCCGGGGGAAGACGUCAGCCUGAGGAGACCUUGGAGCCAGUGUCCUGGCUGCGUGUUCCAUUCUUCAAAGGACAGGAACAACUGAAACUGAUGGUCCAGAAGAUCCUGGAAGAUUGUGUGGCCUUCUCUUGGCCAAGGAAGAAGACUGGACCCUGGAGGCAGCAGUGGGCAACAUGGCAAUGGUAGAAAGGAUGAGAAAGUGAUAGGCAAGCA